AGAUCAAAUUAGUAACAUGGUGGCACAAAGUAUUGUCAUUUUAUCUUUAUUAAUAACAUACACAUUAUCUGCACCAACUGGAUGCAUAGAAUCUUGUAUUUCUUAUGUUAAACAAUAUCAAACACAAACUUCUGGUGGUUUGUCACAAACCGCGUCACAUUUACAAGGCCUUGACUAUUCAAAACCUGGCACAUGGUCUGAACAUAAUGACUAUGAUAUAGACAAUGGACAUGGAAAAGUGCAUGAAGAACGUGGUCAAUAUGUCACAGGUCCCAAAACAGUAAGAUAUUAUAGGAAAAAUUCUUCUUCUUCUUACAGUACAGGAUAUCCUAAUGGUGAAAUAUUAUCAGAUUUUGAAUAUCAGAAUAAUAGACAUGGUAUACAUUUACCCAAUACUCAAGAAGUUUUUAAUUCUCACAACACUUACAAUCAAAUGGGUAAUUCUGAAUCAGUUGCACAACAUAAGUAUAAUAAAAUACAGAGUCAACAACACACUCGAUCAUCAUACACUAAAGGUGAAAGACUUGAAGAUCUUGGAGAAUACAGUGGAAGAUCACAAGUGAUUCCGCAAAGUACAUCUAACUUGCAUACACAAAUUUUACAAGAACCUUAUCAUUUUAAUGGACAGCAUGGAAAUUGGAGUACAGUAGAUUCUUAUAAAACUGAUGGAGGACGUGGCCAUGUAUUUGAAGAAGAAGGUCAAUAUGUAUCAGGACCUCAAAAGGUUCGUUACUAUAAAAGGAAUUAUACUUCUAGUUACAGUUCAUCUGAUGGAAUUCCUAUUCCUAAAAUCACAAAAAUUGGAAUGCACGAUAUACACCAGAAACUAGAGAAAAUCGAAAAAGAAAUAGGGCAAGAAUUCAAACAUAUUUCUACAGCAGAGGCUGUGGGAUCCACCAACAUUGGACAGGCACAUAUUAGUUCUCAUGAUUUGUCUAUUGAUAACAUGCAUAAUAUAAACAAUAAUAAUUAUAGAAGACAACAUAACCACAGGAAUAGUUUACCUACGACACAUAAUGAAGAACAGCAUUCCUCAGACAUUAGAAAUGAACAUUUACCUUAUAGGAAUCCUUACCAAAAUACUUAUGGUACAAACAGCUACAGUACAUAUGAAAGGCACGAAGAAUAUGCACAAAAACUUCAACCAACUAGUCAACUUAUUAAUCCAACAUCAGGAUAUACUAGUGUACUCAAUACUGGAAACAGUGGUUAUAAUAGGAAUAUAUAUAGUGGAUCAACUUCGCAACAGCAAACAGAUAAUUAUCAGCAGGCAGAAAUGUUAGAUGCACAUCAAUCUAGACAAAUCGCACAGACCCAAACGUUUCUUGACAAUUUGAGAAACAAUGCACAAAGUCAAAGUAGCGGGAUCCAAUCAGGCAUGCAAGGUGUAUCUCACUACAAAGAACAUUGGAAUGCUAGUCAUACAAAAGAAGUAUCCAUACCACAGCAUACCACAGACAUUUCACAUAUGAACCAGCACAAUCUCCAAUAUAAUAAUAAUCAGUAUGACAACAGACAUAAUUUACAUCAAGGAAUACAACAACAAGAUAGUUAUUUACAUCAAUUUAAAGAAGGUGACUUUACCCGUGGUAAAAAAAUGUUAGACAAAUUAAUAUCUGGUGUAGAUACUGUGGACUGUGAUUACAAUUCACAAUAUACACAAAGUACCUCUCAAUAUUCAAGAAAAUAUAAGCGUCAUGCAAAGUAUGGUAAACAAGAUGAAGUGCAACAAACACAAAAUAAAUACAUCAAUGAUGAUCUUACUCAACAAACUUCUGGAAAGCUUGAAUCUGAUGACUUUACUCAACAAACUUCUGGAAAACUUAAAUUAAACCAGGAAUCACAACAAUCCCAUAAACCUUGGAAUCUACACAAUACAAUUCAACAAUUAGAAGAUCUUAUUCAAAAAACGAAGGAAUCUGAUGACCUUACACAGCAAACUCCUGGAAAUACAGAAUUUGAUCAAGAAUUACAAAAAUCAGAUAAACCAUGGAAUAUAUACAGUACAAUCCAACAAUUAGAAGACUUUAUUCAAAAAACUAGGGAAUCUAAUGACUUCAUUCAACAAACAUUUGGAAAUGUGGAAUUUGGCCAGGAAACACAAAAAUCAGACAAAUCAUUGAAUAUAUACAGUACAAUCCACCAGUUAGAAGACCUUAUACAAAAAACCACGGAAUCUGAUGAUUUCACUCAACAAACAUCUGGAAAACUUGAAUUUAGUCAAGAAUCACAACAGUCUCAAAAAACGUGGAACCUACAUGAUACUAUUCAACAAUUGGAAGAUCUUAUUCAAAAAACAAGGGAAUCUAAUGACCCUACCUUACAAUCAUCUGAAAAAGUCGAAUUUGACCAAAACUCACAGCAACCUCAUGAUUCUUGGAAACCACAGAGUGCAAGUCAACAAUUAGAAGAUUUUACACAGAAAACAGGGAAAUUUGAUGAUUUUACUCAACAAACUUCUGGACAACUUGAGUUUGGACAGGAUUCACAACAAUCUUUUCAAUCUUGGAAGCCAGAAAGCGCAAGCCAACAAUUAGGAGAUUUUACACAGAAAACAGAGGAAUCUGAUAAUCUCACUCAACAAACUUCUGGAAAACUUGAGUUUGGUCAGGAUUCGCAACAAUCUUUUCAACCUUGGAAGCCAGAGAGCGCAAGUCAACAAUUAGGAGAUUUUGCGCAGAAAACAGGGGAAUCUGAUGAUCUCAUUCACCAAACCUCAGGAAAACUUGAGUUUGGUCAGGAUUCUCAACAAUAUUUUCAACCUUGGAAGCCAGAGAGCACAAGCCAACAAUUAGGAGAUUUUACACAGAAAAGAGGGGAAUCUGAUGAUCUUAUUCAACAAUCAUCUGGAAAAGUCGAAUUUGGCCAAAACUCACAGCAAUCUCAUCAAUCUUGGAAACCACAGGGUGCCGAUCAACAAUUAGGAGAUUUUACACAGAAAACAGGAGAAUCCGAUGAUUUUACUCAACAAACCUCUGGAAAACUUGAGUUUGGUCAGGAUUCGCAACAAUCUUAUCAACCUUGGAAACCACAGGGUGCCGAUCAACAAUUAGGAGAUUUUACACAGAAAACAGGAGAAUCCGAUGAUCUUACUCAACAGACUUCUGGAAAACUUGAGUUUGGUCAGGAUUCGCAACAAUCUUAUCUACCUUGGAAACCACAGGGUGCCGAUCAACAAUUAGAGGAUUUUACACAGAAGACAGGGGAAUCUGAUGAUCUCACUCAACAGACUUCUGGAAAACUUGAGUUUGGUCAGGAUUCGCAACAAUCUUAUCAACCCUGGAAACCACAGGGUGCCGAUCAACAAUUAGGAGAUUUUACGCAGAAUACGGGGGAAUUUGAUAAUCUCGCUCAACAGACUUCUGGAAAACUUGAGUUUGGUCCGGAUUCGCAACAAUCUUAUCAACCCUGGAAACCACAGGGUGCCGAUCAACAAUUAGGAGAUUUUACGCAGAAUACGGGGGAAUUUGAUAAUCUCGCUCAACAGACUUCUGGAAAACUUGAGUUUGGUCCGGAUUCGCAACAAUCUUAUCAACCCUGGAAACCACAGGGUGCCGAUCAACAAUUAGGAGAUUUUACGCAGAAAACGGGGGAAUUUGAUAAUCUCGCUCAACAGACUUCUGGAAAACUUGAGUUUGGUCCGGAUUCGCAACAAUCUUAUCAACCCUGGAAACCACAGGGUGCCGAUCAACAAUUAGGAGAUUUUACACAGAAAACAGGAGAAUCCGAUGAUUUUACUCAACAAACCUCUGGAAAACUUGAGUUUGGUCAGGAUUCGCAACAAUCUUAUCAACCUUGGAAACCACAGGGUGCCGAUCAACAAUUAGGAGAUUUUACGCAGAAAAUGGGGGAAUUUGAUGAUCUCACUCAACAGACAUCUGGAAAUCUUGAGUUUGGUCAGGAAUCAGAGCAAUCCUUUCCAACCUGGCAUCCUAAUGUGAGGGAUCAGAAGUGGGGUCAUUUGACUCAACAAACUAGUGCACAACCAGAAGAUGAUUUGCCGAAGCCUGCAGAAAAACCUAAACCAAGAUCGAGAUAUUCAAGGCGUUGGUCAACAGUUAAUACACAGGUAUCAAAUCAAGAUAUGUAUAAUAUUAAUAAUCAGAAUAAUUUGAACCUUAAUGCUGGAGAUACAGAUGCGCCAAAUAUUUAUGAAUUACCUCCACAAGUGAAUGUAGAAGGUGAUAAAGAUAAUAUUAGGAGACAAAGUACCAGAGGGGAUCAAGGACAAGAUAAAGAUGUUUCUAAGAAGUUAAGUCAACAAGCUGGAAGUAGUGGAUAUGAUGUUGAAGGAGGAAAUGUAGACCAAGUAAAUUGGUUACACAAAUCGAAUGAUGCAACUGUAGGCUUGCAAUGGCAUUAUACAUAUCAUCCAAGCGAUCAAAGACAAUUCGUACAACAAACAGAUCAGAAGAAUAAGGAAGAUUUGCAGCAGCGAUCAAUACAAACACAAUUUUCUAAUUUACAACAAAAUCCAAAGCAAGAAAAACAAAUUAAAUAUAUAGUUGAUAAUUCAGAUCAGCAGGAAUCACAUUGGCAACCUCAAAACUAUGCAACUGAACAAGGAAUUAAAUCUGUGAGAAAACCAUUUCGUUAUAUUCAGCUUGAAAAUAAAUUGAUGUCUGAUCAACAAAGAAGAGAAAAUGAAAAUUUACAGAAGCAUGUGGAAACUGCUUCAUCUGAACCUAAGCUGCAGCCAAGAAUUUUAGAAGUUUAUGGGGGUGGACAAUAUGAUCCGACACAUAGCGGAGAUAUAUAUUCUGGAGUGACAAUAAACCCUAGUGCUAUACUACCAUCUACAAGUAAUACGGAUCCAUGGGAUAUUCGAGAAAAACCAGAAAUAAUGGUAACAACAACAGAAUUGACAAUGCCACCAUUACCUGUAGAACCUUUAAAUACAAAUGAUACUAAUGAACCACCACGUCCAUCGUCUCUUUGGACAAGAAUUGGCCACAAAAUUACAACUACUUUUGAUAAAGCUAAAGAAAAGGCUAGAAAUAUUUUUGGAUGAACAUAACUUUCAAUUUUUUUAAUUAACAUUUAUUUAUAUAUAAUUUUUAGUAAUAUAGGUUCUUGAUAUAAGCUUUUAAUAUAUGUAAGAUUUACUAAAUAAAAUUUAUUUAUCAGUGUUAUAAUGUACUAUUAUUAUUGGAAUUGUUAAUUUAAUAAUUUCAAGAAGCUGAUGUAGUAUUAUAAAAAAUUCACUGUUAUAAGGUUAUUAUAUAUAUUCUAUAUUGUUAUUUAAAUAAAUGAAUCUAUUUUUUAAAUUCUA